ACAGAAAUGGGGAAAACUCACCUUGUCACAGAGUGGUACAUUGUCUACCAUAACCAGUUCACUUGGCUAUAUAUUGCUGCUCUUAGACACUUGGGCACUUGUUGAUGCUACUACAAAAGCUUCACCUUUUACAUGUUUGAAGGAUCACCCUGAAAAGAGUGGAAAACUCACCUUGUCACUUAGUGGUACAUCUGCUGUAACAACCGAUUCACUUGAUCAUAAAUUUUGCUCUUACACGCUCAGGCACUUGUAGUGGUGCAAUUGUGGAAGAUGCUUUUAAUGUUGGGCGGUCAAGUCAGUGUUACUAGUUACUACUGUGCAGUCACCAUUGAAGAUGAUGUAGUGAUCAUAGCUUUCAGACUUUCAAAAGAUAGAAGAAGGUCCUUGGUGGAAGCCAUUUUGCCAAAAGUCAAAAGAAAAACCUCAAUGAUAGACUUAUUAUGAGAAUUCUGUGAUGGUGACAAUAAAAGACAUAGAGGUGGAGCUUGUAAGAAUCUUAACAGUUUUCACAAUCAUUGAUCUCUCAAGCCGUAUAUUCCAUGGACAGAUUCCUGAAGAGCUGGUUGAACUCAGUUCACUUCUAGUACUUAACUUCCCUUGCAACAAUCUCACAGUCACAGGUUAAAUUCCAUCAUCUUUAGAGAAAUAGGCAGAACUUGAAUCAGUAGAUCUCUUUUGAUGGCAUGGUAGGAUUCCUGAGCAGUUGACAAGUCUUACAUUCUUUAUAGUUUUGAACUUUUCAUACAAGGAACUUUUGAUUCACACUCUACAAGGGAAGUAGUUUGAUAAUUUUUCUAAAGAUUACUACAUUGGAAACUUAGGAUUGUGUGGAAUUCCAUUGACAAAGAAAUGCAAGGUGACAAAGAACCAGAAUCACCUUCUUCAAAUUUGAUGAAGUAGAAGAUGAAUCUGCAGCAUUAUUUGAUUGGAAAUUUGCAUUGAUGGGUUCUGGUUGUGGACUGCUGUUGGGACUAUGUCUUGGAUACAUUGUGUUCACAACAGGAAAACCAUUGUGGCCAGUGUAAAAGGUAGAGUUAUGUCAACAGAAGUUUGUGGGAUGGUACAGCCGCAGAAAUAAAAAGAGAAA